UGAAUUUCUGGGUUAUCGUGCCGAGCUUAAACCCUCUCAUUUUUUAAGGCCAACAAUCCAUAAACCUUGAACCACAGCGACAUACUGAGACCUCCUCCUUCAAUGGCGACCUCCAGCGAAGCACUUGCUUCAGGCACCACCACCCAGAGAAGCUUCUCGCCGCCAAAACAAACCCACCCCAACUUCUUCGGUAAGCCUCCAAAUCCACACCUCAUUUGGAGAGAAUUUCUAUGGGGAGGUAUUGCUGGGGCGUUUGGGGAAGGAAUGAUGCAUCCCAUCGACACUGUGAAGACUCGUAUUCAAAGCCAAGCUAUGUUCAGUGCCAGUCAGCACCAAAAGAGCAUACUGCAGAUGGUGCGAACUGUCUGGGCUGUUGAUGGAUUAAAGGGUUUUUAUAGAGGCAUAGCUCCUGGUGUCACUGGUUCUCUUGCAACUGGAGCAACAUAUUUUGGUGUCAUAGAAUCGACCAAAAAGUGGAUUGAAGAGUCACAUCCUAACCUUGGAGGACAUUGGGCGCAUUUCAUUGCCGGUGCAGUUGGAGAUACACUUGGUUCUUUUGUAUAUGUUCCAUGUGAAGUGAUGAAGCAACGAAUGCAGGUUCAAGGGACAAAGGCUUCUUGGGGUUCUGUUAUGUUGAAAGAUAAUAUCUCUAUGAAGCCUGGUAUCCAAAUGUAUGAUUACUAUACAGGGAUGUUCCAGGCGGGCUGCUCAAUAUGGAAGGAGCAGGGGCCGAGAGGAUUAUAUGCUGGAUUUGGGUCAACACUUGCAAGGGAUGUGCCUUUUGCGGGUCUGAUGGUUAUGUUCUAUGAAGGCUUGAAAGAUUUGACAGAAUAUGGGAAGAAGAAGUACAUAUCCAAUACGGAUUUCCAUAUUAAUAGUUCCUUGGAGGGACUUGUACUAGGAGGAUUGGCUGGUGGCAUGAGUUCUUUUCUUACCACUCCCUUCGAUGUGAUCAAGACAAGAUUGCAAGUACAGGGAUCAACUUUGAGGUACAAUGGCUGGUGGGAUGCAUUGCAAAGCAUAUGGAUUACUGAAGGUGCAAAGGGAAUGUUUAGGGGUAGUCUUCCUAGGGUUACAUGGUAUAUUCCAGCUUCAGCUCUUACAUUCAUGGCUGUGGAGUUUCUCAGAGACCGUUUCAAUCAAGGAGCGAGCCAUGAGAGCGUGCAAGAAGUUGCGCGCUUGACGGUGGAUAAAAAGAAUUCACCUCUACAAGGUUCAGCUUAAGAAACUCAUACUGGAACUUCUCCAGUCAAGCUGAUUGAGUUUGCUUGCACAUAGUGGAUCCAAUUUAACAGACAUUGUAUUCUUUAUAUGAAGUUGUUACAUUAUCGGCACAACAUACUGAAACUUGCCUGGGAUGAACAACUAACAUUCUAACCUAUUGUACCAAAAGUUUCACUAUGGUAUAUAUCAAAAACAGCAUUUUGGUGCUGAUGG